ACCGCGUCGACUCGUCGAUAUACCCAUCCGUGGAUUUGGACGAUGUUCUAUAGUACAGAGAGGUUGAACUUACGCUCAUAUAAGGAAUCUGAUUUGGAGCGGAUCCUUGAGCUGUGGAACGAACUUGAUGUCCAGCAGAACACAUCCACUGAACAUGUUGUCCCUCGGGGACCGAAAUUCAAAGAUACAGUGAAAGGUUGGUUGGAUCAAGCUCGCUUCCAUUCCAUCAUUGAGGUGAAGGCAACCGACGAAUUCGUGGGGUUCUUAACCAUCCGAGAUGAGAACCCCAAGAACAGAGAUGGUGACCUCGCUAUCACUCUGACAAAGUCGCAAUGGGGCAAAGGCUAUGGCUCUGAGAUCUUGAAGUUCGUCGUAGAUUAUGCAUUCAGAGGGCUAGCGCUACACCGAUUGUCCUUGGGUGUAUUCGACAAUAACAACCGUGCGACGAGUCUGUAUAAGAAAGUAGGGUUUGUGGAGGAGGGUAGGAUCCGGAAAGCGAAUUGGGUUGACGGUGAAUGGCGAGAUGUCAUUCUCAUGGGCAUCUUGGAAGACGAGUGGAAGGCUGGUCUUCCAAAGUAAUCUGGCUCGGACUGUAGUCUGCUGCGAUCCAUCCGCUGCAAUCAAGUGUGCCCUGAGGUCGUGUAACAUUCGCACCAAUCUAUUUAUCCGCGGCCAUAUAGGCCGUGCCGAUGUUCCUUUGACUCGAAAGAUCAACGCCGUUCAACGCUGUCGUGCCUUCAAAC